AUGUUUGGAUUGCGAAGUCUAUUUUCACCACUGAAAGGAGGAUCCGAUGAAAAAACCGACGAGCACGAACAACCCAUUGUUGUUGAUCAAAACGAGUCAGUGAUGAUCAAACAUGAUACAUCCCAUUCAACAAUUCCGUCAGCACUACAAACGUCUACCAUAACAACAUCCGAUGAAACAUCUACCAUCAGAAGGCAUUCGAGAAGACGAAGCCUACUGGAAUUUAUUGGCGUCAAAACGUCUGACGAUUCUCAUGAACAUGCUGAAGAAAAAAAACCAUCCAUCACAAUACCAAACAAUGCAAUUGGAGUUGAAUUCGAAAUUGGAAAAGUAUCUCUAAGAAGCGAUUUGAGUUUUACUCAAUAUUUUAGUGCAUCAAUAUUUGACACCAUCUUGACUAUUAGUGUCAAACCUAAAGAAGAGGAUGAACUUUUAGAGGAUGAUCUUUCUAAAUUACCUUCUGUUCAAUCCUCGCGUAUUCGAAAAACUCCCCUUUCUGAUGGAUUUAUUUUCGACUGGAAAGGAGAGAAGGUAUUAUUAAUUAUUCCACUUUCACAGAAUGAACUAAAUCAAGUGCAAAAUAUUUGUAAAUCAGGUUUAGGAAAUAAUUCUAAUUUCAAUUCGUUGGAACAUGCUGCUAUGGAUUCAAAAAAGAUACUUCCUCAUGUUGUAAUUCAAUUAGAUAAUAUUUCUAGAGCUUCUGAAUUUGUUCACAACUAUUUGGUUAAAUGUAAUCCACAUGUAUCGUUUUUAGGUGACUGUAAAUAUGAUCUCAAUAGACUAUUAGAUUUUCGCUCAAAAUCAGUGAACGCCAUAGAGCUCAAUCUGAAGCGUGGAAAGGACAAAACUGGAGUUAUUUCUCUUUCAAUGAAAUUAGUAUUGCCCCCAGAAGGAAAUGAAACUGGUUCAUUGAGAAAGUCUAGUAGUGCUUCACUUUCUGAUCAUUCUUUUGAAACCAUUUCCUUUGAUGAUUCAUUUAUCACGUCAGGAGCAGCCAAAGCACACCCUUCUGAACCUGUUAAUAUUUAUGACAGCAAUUUUGAUUACAAGAAAACAGAUACGGACAAUUAUUAUGAGGAUACACAUUAUGAGCUAUUGGAGUGUGUAGGAUCUGGAGCAUUUGGAAGGGUCUAUAGAGCACGAAGAAAAUCAAAUAAUACCAUUGUUGCAAUUAAGAAAAUUGCCUGUGGUAAUAUUAACAAUGCAAACGAUGCACUAGUUGAAUUUUGGCCUGUUCGCAACAUUCAUCACCCCUAUCUUGUUCGAAUUGAGGAUAUUUAUUUUUCAAAGCAAGCGGAUGAUUAUACAUCAUUAUUUGAUUUGUGUCUCGUUAUGGAAUAUCUAGAUUGUGGAGAUUUAGAACAUUUCAUAUUGGAACAUAAACAACAACAUCAAUCCAUACAACAAGCUCAUUUACUUUCGUUGUUUAUUCAAAUGGCAGCUGGAUUGAAUCAUCUUCACAAUAAUGGGCUUUUGCAUAGAGACAUCAAGCCCAAGAACAUACUUUUAGAGAAUAAGGGUAAGAAGUGUAAAAUUGGAGACUAUGGACUCGUGUAUAAUUUAAGAUCUUUUUCUAAUUUAAACGAAACACUCUCCUCUGCUGGCACCAAGAAAUUCCAAGCUCCGGAAUGUCACAUUGGAGCUAAAGACAUUUGCGAGUCUCCUCAAAGCGCCAAAAGCCUCCCACAAUCUAACCAACAACCCUCAUCCCCUCAAACCUGUAACUCACUCUUUAUGAAUUAUAUUUAUGCAUCAGAUAUAUGGUCACUUGGUAUUGUCUUUCUUGAAACCAUGUCAUGUGAUACGUUAGACGUUUCUCCUUUCAUUUCUGUGAUGAAAAACUCAAGCAAGUUCUAUGAGGAUAUUCGAACGAAAUGUCAGAACUAUCACAGUGGUUUUGCAGAGCUCAUCAUUUCCAUGUUGAGUCAAAAUCCAAGAGAUCGGCCAGAUUCAGAAAAAGUUCUGAAUCAGCUUAUUUCAAUCAAGAAGGAGCUCUAUGGGCAAGAAAAGACAGUGAAGAUACAUCCUGUCAUUGAAAUUCAUAGACAAUUACUCUCUGUUGGUAAAUCAUUUAAGGGUCUUCUAGAACCUAUUCUCCCCAUUCAUGAUGAAGAACUCGAAUCUACAAGUUCAACCAAGGAGACGACACAAGGAGCUCCAGAACAAAAAGGUCAUCAAAAAUCCUUUUCAUUGCUCUCUUCGAAUGGAGGAAGUGUCAGUUUUAGAGGCUUAUUUUCCGGUCUUCACAAUAAGAACGACGACAUUGAUGAUGACAUCUCUGAAGAGAAAUUACCACAAGAUCAAUCUUCAUCCUCAACACGUCUUCAACACUCUCAUCAAUCAAGCAAAAUCAAACAUGAUCCCAAAAUUACAGAAAGUGUCUUCAAUUUUGGUCUUUGGUGA